UUUACGGCGGCUGAUGCUUAUGUGAAAGGGCACCGUGUUGGCUGGCUGUCAAAACCACUGGACAGGCGGCAAAGCAGCACAGGUGGUUUCAGAGGUUGCCGGAAAAGGGACAAGGGCCUGUAGCGUCCACAGCUGGUCCUCGGCUCCCGCUGGUUCAGCCCCGAGACGACGGCACCAUGGCCGACCAUGAGGAAUCCAAGAAGAUGAACGGCAGUACUGCCGGUCACUCCUCCCAUCCUCUGGAGCCGCCCAAAGAGAGCAUGCAGCUUAAGAAGGAGAUCUCGCUGCUCAAUGGAGUCAGCCUGAUCGUAGGAAACAUGAUCGGCUCCGGCAUCUUCGUCUCCCCCAAGGGUGUGCUAAUCUACAGCGCCUCUUACGGGCUGUCGCUAGUCAUCUGGGCCAUCGGGGGCCUGUUCUCUGUGGUGGGGGCCCUCUGCUACGCUGAGCUGGGCACCACCAUCACCAAGUCAGGGGCAUCUUAUGCAUACAUCCUGGAGUCAUUCGGUGGCUUCAUUGCAUUCAUUCGUCUUUGGACAUCUUUGCUGAUCAUUGAGCCCACCAGUCAGGCGGUCAUUGCCAUUACGUUUGCAAACUACCUGGUGCAGCCACUCUUUCCAACAUGUGAACCACCAUAUGCAGCAGCCAGGCUCAUCGCUGCAGCGUGCAUAUGCUUACUGACUUUCAUCAACUCUGCCUACGUGAAGUGGGGCACCCGGGUGCAGGACAUCUUCACCUACGCCAAGGUGGCAGCCCUCAUCGUCAUCAUCAUCACUGGCAUCGUCAAGCUGUGCCAGGGUUACACAACCAACUUGGAAUCAUCCUUUCAGGGAUCGUCUACAGACCCUGGUGAUAUUGCGCUGGCGCUCUACUCUGCCCUCUUCUCCUAUUCUGGCUGGGACACCCUCAACUUUGUUACUGAGGAGAUCAAAAACCCCGAGAGGAACCUGCCCCUGGCCAUCGCCAUCUCUAUGCCCAUCGUCACCAUCAUCUACAUCCUCACCAAUGUGGCCUACUACACUGUUCUGGAUGUUAGUGCUAUACUGGCCAGUGACGCAGUGGCAGUGACAUUUGCAGAUCACACUCUUGGUGUGAUGAGCUGGACCAUCCCCAUUGCUGUGGCUCUGUCCUGCUACGGAGGCCUCAACGCCUCCAUUAUAGCUGCGUCCAGGUUGUUCUUUGUGGGCUCUCGUGAGGGUCACCUUCCAGACGCUCUGUCCAUGAUCCACAUACAGAGAUUCACUCCGAUCCCUGCCCUGAUCUUCAAUUGUGUCAUGUCACUGAUCUACCUGACAGUGGAGGACGUCUUCCAGCUCAUCAACUACUACAGCUUUAGCUACUGGUUCUUCAUGGGUCUGUCCAUCGCCGGGCAGAUCUACCUCCGCUGGAAGGAGCCUGACAGACCCAGACCUCUCAAGUUUACGUUGUUGUACCCGGUGGUGUUCUGUCUGUGUGCUGUUUUCCUGGUGGCAGUUCCUCUCUACAGUGACACCGUCAACUCUCUGAUUGGCAUUGCCAUUGCCCUGUCAGGGGUUCCCGUCUACUUCCUGGGUGUCUAUCUGCCAGAGUCCAAACGACCGCCAGUGAUCACAAAGCUGCUGCGUUCUCUGACUCACUUCACCCAGUACACCUGCUACUGUGUACUGACAGAGAUGGACAAAAGUGAAUAGCAUUCAAUGCACUUCAAAACCUUCCCCAGCAGAUUCUGCAUCCUCACAGCUGAGAGCCACCAGGGGACAAGGCAAGGGAUUCUUCUGUGGAAAAAAACAUUUCUGACUCUUUUAUUAUACCGUACACUAUGCUGGAGCGCUCAGACUUCACUGACUUGUUUACGACACUGAAAAUGCUGCCACAUGAUGCACAAGUUCACUUGUUUGAUUAUCCUGGAAUUCAAGGACAUUCAAGGACUUCAACCCGUAAGGACAGAGAGUACUGUUAUACACUCCAUAGUGUGGAUAUUGUUACAGUUUUCUUCAUCACACCAUUUAAUGACCUCUAUUAUAAAGCUGUUAAACUUGUUAGUUCUAUAGGUAAUUGUUAUAGAUGCCUUUAGUAUGUGCCUGUGAGAUUUUACAGGUGCUGCACAUGACCACAGGGACUGAUGAUGAUGAUGAGCGGGUAAAAUGUUUUUAUAUGGAUUUAACCCAUUUGAACUGAAAGAUAUCUUGUGCAGUAUGUGUGAGUGUACUUAAUCCCGCCUGAGAAUUAAAGUAGCAUAAAUUGUCUGUCAUGUUCAACCCCCGAAUGUAAAAAGGGAAGAUUUUUUUUGUCUGCUGCUAUGUGAAGAUAUGGAGAUACCAUCCUAAUGGCAGUGCCUUUACAUACUUCUGGUGCAAUUGUUUUGGGUUUUAUUUCUUUUGCAUUUUAACUUGCUGUUGCUAUAUGUUGAAACAGAACAUUGGCUUUUUUGCAUGGCGUGUUUUUAAUGAUGUUAAACGUUUCAAGCAUUUUGGCUUGGACUGUCUUGCAUUGAGGGAAUCUGUACCAUUUCUCUUCUUUAUGUUUGCUUUACACUGUGUAGCACUAAAUCAGUUUACUAUAAUCCUUUACAGUGUUCAACAUGCUAUAUUCAAGAGGUCAACAGAUGUUCACUUAGGUCAAAAAUAAUUUAGGGAUCCACUGUAGUGCUCCGUCUUUAUAUCAAGUUGUGUAAUAUUUGCACACUCUCCUCUAAAUGGUCUCAAGUAAACUGCUUAAAAAAUACUGCAUCUCAGAAUCUAUUUGUUAAGUAUCUCAAAAUCACUGGCUUUAACUGGAAAGACCGUCUAAUUCAAGAGGUUUUGAAGGUUGUUCAUUGAGCCACAUACACACACUUAGCAAGAGGUUGU